AGCCCUGAGCCUCCAGUCUCCUCCGCCUCCAUGCAGCAACAUUUGGUCAUCCUUGUUAUUCUUUCAUUGAUGGUGCAAUCCGGAACCAUGCCAUGUACUCUCAGAGGUCCCACUUGCAGACACGUGGUGCGACUUCGGGGAGGGGAGGAUCAGCAGCGGACGUCAAACAUCACGCCAUACUCUGUGGAGGGGGAGACAGACUACGAGAAGAUCGUCACGUUGUUCGGGUCCAAGGAGAUUGACAGCGAGCUUAUCAGCAGACUUGAGCGAGUGACUGGCAGAGCAGCGCACCACCUCAUCAGAAGGAAACCUCACUCGCUCACUCGACGGAAUAUCUUCUUCUCUCACAGAGAUCUCGAUAAGAUACUUGACAUGUACGAAGCUGGGACACCAUUCUAUAUCUAUACCGGAAGGGGUCCUUCCUCAUCCUCUCUUCAUGUCGGACAUCUGAUUCCAUUCAUGAUCACGCAAUGGCUACAAGAGGCUUUCAAUGUUCCGGUCGUGAUACAACUGACGGACGAUGAAAAGUUUCUCUGGAAGGGAGGCAAUCUUAGCACGUAUCAACAGUUUGCGACCGAGAACGCCAAAGAUAUUAUGGCAGUAGGUUUCAACCCAGAGUUGACUUAUAUCUUCACCAACACCCUGGACAUCUCAUCGCUCUACCCAACUGUCUUGCAGAUCCAGAGAUUGAUUAAUGCGAACAAAGUUCAAGCUGUCUUCGGACUACAAGAAAGCAACAACGUUGGGCAAUUUGCGUUUCCUGCAAUGCAGAUUGCUCCAUCUUUCCCAGACUGUUUCGUGGACAUCUUCGGGGGCUCUACGAGGCUGCCCUGCUUGAUUCCUUGUGCGAUUGAUCAAGAUCCGUAUUUCCGAUUGGCAAGAGACGUCGCAGCGAGAUUGAACAUGACAAAACCGGCUCUGCUGCACAGCAAAUUCAUUCCUGCGCUGCAAGGCGACUCGGGAGGUGCCGGCAAGAUGAGCGCGUCCGUGGAAGAGUCCGCCAUUUAUCUCACAGACUCUCCUCAACAAAUCAAGAACAAGAUCAACAGAUAUGCUUUCACUGGCGGGCGAGCUACAGUGGAAGAGCAUCGCAGAUUGGGAGGCGACUUGAAGGUCGAUGUCCCCUUCAGAUACAUCGAAUUCUUCCAUGAAAACGACACGCAUGUGCAAGAACUAGCGAGAUCCUACACCAACGGCACACUCUUGAGUGGAGAGAUGAAGUCAGAGGCGAUCUCCUGCCUUCAGGAUAUUGUGAAGCGACAUCAAGAGCGAAGGAAGGAAAUUUCGGAUGAAGUCUUGUCUUUCGUUCGCUCAAGGAGAAGAAUAACUAUUCCGAUGAAAAAAGCUGCUUAA